AUGGACAGAAUCAGUGGGCUUCCUGAUGAAUUGCUGGUGAAAAUACUAUCGUUUCUUCCACCAAAAGUUUCUGUAAGCACAAGUGUUUUGUCAAAACGAUGGAGAAACCUCUGCAUGUGGGUGACAAAUCUUGAGUUCGACGACAGUCAGACUAAACCAGCCGAAUGCCACGAGUUACGCCUUUUUAUUCUAAGGAUCUUGAGAUCUCAUAGACCUCUUAUCAUUAAAAGCUUGGGCUUCAAGUUGCGUACUGAUCUGUUUCGAACAGAUAUCACACGGUGGGUUGAAAUUGCCGUUUCUCGCGGCAUCUGCGAGCUGAGCAUUUAUUAUUCUUUUCUUGAAAACCAUCCUACCAUGUUGCCGAGUAACUUGUACACCUCCAAAUCGCUCGCGACCUUGAAACUCCAAGGUCAUAUCCUCGUGGCUGUUCCUCUUACGGUUUGUCUUUCGUCUCUGAAACGUUUGCAUCUUCGACAUGUAACAUACUUGGAUGACCAUACUCUUCAACUGCUUCUAUCCAAUUCCCAUGUUCUUGAAGAUCUUGUUUUCGAAAAACAUGAUCAUUAUUACCAUGCGGAGAUGGUUUCUGAACUCCCAAGUAGUUUGUACACUCGCAAAUCGCUUGUGACCUUGAAACUCGAUGGCAAGAUUCUCGUGGAUGUUUCACGUAUGGUUUCUCUCCCUUCCUUGAAAACCUUACACCUUUUAUGUGUGAGAUACUCUUUUGAAAGAUCUAAAGAUCCACACCUGGUUCUAUCCAACUUCCCUGUUCUUGAAGAACUAUUAGUGAAACAAUGUGAAAAUGAUAAUGUAAGAGCGGUCCAUGUUAACAUCGCUUCUUUGAAGAGUUUAUCCGUAAACAUAGCUGAGAACUGUGUUACUGAUGGUUUUGUGAUAGAUUGUCCUUCUUUGAGGUACUUCAAAGUUGUUUAUUACAAUAGUAAUCAUCACUAUUGUUUGAUUGAGAAUAUGCCUAAGCUGGAGGAGGCAGAUUUGGAUGUUCUAUUUCCCAGUGUCAAGAACUUUAUGGAGGCUGUUACAUCAGUCAAGAGCCUUUCAUUAUGCUUAAGCAGCCACGUAGAGGCUGUGUAUUCUGAUGGAAUUGUCUUCAAGAAGCUUGAACAUUUGAAGCUAUGUACAUGUGAAACAAAUUGGUCAAAUUUUAUGUUUUGGGUUCUCAAAGAAUCUCCUAAACUAAGAGUCAUUGAGCUCUACGUUGAUGAUGAACACGCAUGUGUUGGUAAGGAUCCAUUUGUUUUCUGGAAGAAUCAACAAAGUUAUGCUCCUGAAUAUUUGUUUCCGAGUCUCGAAACUUUCAAGUGGACAGGGUUCAACGGAGCACAGGAAGCAAGAGAUCUCGUGAUUUUAAUCUUGAAAAAUGCUUAUCGCUUAAAGACAGCGAAAAUCUUGACUGAGUCAGGGUUGGAUAUACAAAGGAAACUUGAGAUAAGAAAAGAGUUGUCACUUUCUUACAGAGCUUCAACAAUCUGCCAAAUCGCAUUUGAUUGA